AUGAGCCCGGCGGGCGGCAGCGCCGACCCCGCACCCCCGCCCUCCCCGCCUUCCCCGCCCCGCCGCCCCGGGGAAGCCCAGCCCGCUCCGCAGCCCGGGCCGGACCAGCCGCCGGCGGCCGGAGGAGGAGGAGGAGGAGGAGGAGGAAGAGACGGCGGGGAGGGCGCCCGGACGCCCGAGAACCGCUCCGUGUGCAGCCGCAGCAGCAGCAGCAGCAGCAGCGGCAGCAGCGGCGUUGGCGUUGGCGUUGGCGGCGAGGAGCAGCCCGCCGGGCACCAGCACCACCAGCCCAUCUGCAAGAUCUGCUUCCAGGGCGCCGAGCAGGGUGAACUCUUAAAUCCUUGCCGAUGUGAUGGGUCAGUACGAUAUACACAUCAGCUGUGCCUGUUAAAGUGGAUCAGUGAAAGAGGGUCAUGGACCUGUGAGCUCUGUUGUUACAGAUACCAUGUGAUAGCAAUUAAAAUGAAAAAACCUUGCCAGUGGCAAAGCAUUUCUAUAACACUGGUUGAGAAAGUACAGAUGAUUGCUGUAAUCCUAGGAUCACUGUUCUUAAUAGCAAGUGUGACUUGGCUUCUCUGGUCAGCCUUCAGCCCCUAUGCAGUGUGGCAAAGAAAGGACAUCCUUUUUCAAAUCUGCUAUGGAAUGUAUGGUUUUAUGGAUCUAGUGUGCAUAGGUCUCAUUGUACAUGAAGGAGCAGCAGUUUACAGAGUGUUUAAGCGCUGGAGGGCUGUGAACCUGCACUGGGUUGUAUUAAAUUAUGAUAAAGCCGCAGACAUAGAAGAAAGCAACCGGGGAGAGUCUUCAACAGCCAGGACAUUGUGGUUGCCGUUAACAGCUUUACGAAACAGAAACUUAGUUCAUCCAACACAGCUAACCUCACCAAGAUUUCAGUGUGGCUACGUAUUAUUACAUCUAUUCAACCGAAUGAGGCCACAUGAAGAGUUUUCAGAUGAUAAUAGUUCUGGUGAAGUUGUGAUGAGAGUGACUUCAGUGUAACAAAAAUUGUCAAGUGAAAAAUCCAGAUUGAUGAGGGAGGCACAAGGAUAUUGAGAGAAGACAUCGAGCAACCGGUCAUAUCACAUAGAGAAGCAGAGUUGGAGAGCAUCCAUUUAGUGCACCUUAUGGCUGAAUAAGUGAAUAUUUGUGGAGCCCUGAUGAUUAAUGAAAGAAACUGGAAAAUGAUUUAGGUAAUGUUGAAAUUAAAAUCUACCAUCCAAAACUGAAAAUACCUGCUAAGGAGUUUUUCUCAAAACUCAGAAGUCUGCUCUGAGGGAGGGUAGAAUAAACACAUUUCAAAGACAUCUUAUUUCCCAAAUGGAAUUAGGGAAAAUCAAAUGAUGUGAGUGAUCUUCUCUUCUCCAUUAUUUCUUAAAAAUAUUUUCUUCCAAAUUGUGCAUGGGUAGCUGAAGUGAGGAAAGAAUCCUUACUCAGGACUCAUUGAUGUUGACUUGAAAGGGAAACAAUUAAUGAGGAAGAAGACAUGGAAAAAGUCACUUUGGAGAGUGUUCUUACGAUGACACAAAAGGAGACAUGAGUGCUAUGCUCCCAACCUCCAGUUACCAGGGCAGAACUACAAGUGAUGAGGAGUGGAGAAGACUCUGACCUCCUUUGAGCCUAUUUCAACAUUAACAUAGUUUACAGUUGGAAUGGCGUGGGUCUUAAUGAGCCCCCUGAGAGGAAAUGGCUCUACGUUCCUCAGGCGAUCAGCUCUCAGGAAUGCCAAGAAUGGCUGGAUUCUAGUCUUCCUAGGCUCCUGCCCAUCUCCAAUGUCCCAGCCACCCCAGAUGAUCACGGCCAGGGAAUUUUCUCCGAGUCAAACUGAGCUCUCACCGGAGACCAAAUGGAGACAGCUUCUACUAUCUCUGUAAAUAGAGGUGAUGCUACUGGUGAUGAGGUGCUAUCUAUGUUGGGAGGUGUGGCUGCAAAAUCAACAAUAAAAUAGCAUUAAACCAUCA